AUGACUGAAUCCUCCGGGACAAUUUUGAAAUUAAACAAAAGCAUCAUUCGACGCUAUCGCACAUCGGAUGCCGAAGCUAUAGUUGACGGCGCGGAUACACCCUUAGUUUCCGAAUACAUGACGGCAUCAUUUCCGAGCCCUUACACACUGGAAAAGGCCAGAGAAUGGAUCAAAAUUGCUGGUGAAGAAGGAAGUCUUCACUUUGCCAUAUGUACCAUUGAUAGCAAUCUUGUUAUUGGCGGCUGUGGAUUUCAGCAUCUCACAGGCGUGGAAUCUCGCACCAAGGUUAUUGGCUACUGGCUGUCGCCCAAGUACUGGGGCCAAGGUAUAAUGACGGAAGUUAUCACAUCAUUUAGUGAUUGGAUUUUUGGGCAGGUUCCAACACUACUGAAAUUAGAAGGGAGUGUGGUUGAAGAGAAUAGAGGCAGCAUAAAGGUUUUAGAGAGGGCAGGGUAUCAGCAUGAAGGAACUAGGCAUAUGGCCGUGUGUAAAAAUGGAAGGGUUAGCAACUGCAUGUUGUUUGGACUGACGAGAGAUCAAUGGGCGAAUGCCGCCUAG